AUUUUGAAAACACCCCAAUUUCCUCGGAAACAACAUACUUUUGAAUUGGGAGAGAAGAUCCCGGACACGUCAAGUGAGCUGAAAGCGGCUGCGCAAGUCACCCCUAUUCCAGAAAAGGAAGAAAAGCAGAUCGAAGAAACUAGCCCUCCUCCAAAGUUUGUAAUGAAUAUUAAGACUCCGGAAGCACAACGAAAGCACCUUGCUUUUGUCGUAAGCGAAGGUGAACCAGAGAUAGCUACUGGUACCAGUUUGCCUAAAAAGAAGAAGAAGAUCAUCAAGCAACGUUCUAUGCCAGAGACUACUAGAUUAGGUGUUUCUCCAGAAAGAUACGUUAUGACGGUAAGGACACCGGAAUCCCUUAGACGACACCACACGUUUACAAUUAGGGAGCGAGCAAAGAGCCCUGAUGUCCCCUACAUUGAAGAGGGGGAGAUUACCGAGCCAAUUGCCACGGUUGGGCCUACGGCAGAGAAAAGGAGACGAGCACGUUCGGAAGAUGCGAAGAGGACGAAAAAAACAGAGCAGGAGUUGAGCAAAAUAGAGAAAUUUACUUUAACUAUGAAGACACCUUUCGUGAUGAGAAAAUUCAAGACUUUCAUGGUGGAAGAAAAGCCAAAAGCAGAAGAAAUCCCGACAUCGAAGAGUGACGAGCCAUUGUUACAUACAAAAGUUAGCUUUGCUGAGGAAGUGCAGGAACUUAUCUGUGAGAAAUCUGUGGAAGCUCCAAUGCUACAGGCUAUGACGACACCUCAUACAAAGAGGAAACAUAAAGUCAAAGAUGAGUCAGAAGAGAACAAGGAUGAAGAGCCCCAUAAUGAGAUGUUUGUUCUAUCAACUUCAACCCCGCUUACGAUGAGGAAAUUUCAGACUUUCACCAUAGAGGAUAGGAAAGUAGGUGAUCAACCUGUGAAAUCAAACACAGAUAGCAAUUUGGAAGCAAUAGUAAAGUUGGAGAGAGAACAAGAAAUUGACGAGAACAUUCCGUUGAAGACGACCGAUAUGUAUGUGCUAACAACGAUGACUCCACUGCCUCUGAGGAAGGAGUUGCCUAGUGAGUCCCGACUGGAGAAAAUUGCACGAGAACAAUCAAGAAGCAUGUCCAAAUCGCCAGAAAAAACAAGCCUCUUCAUUAUGGGAAGCAAAACCGGCAGGAGUUACCACCAUGUUCAAGAAAGGGAGCCGCCCGUGGAAAAGGAGGCUGUGAAGUUUGCCGUGGUGCAACCGCAAAGAGCAGAUUUAGAAUUUGAAAUUCAGAGGAAAGAAUGCAGCCAAUCAGACAAUGCUGAACCUAUAGAGAGGAAGAAUAGCUAUUCAUCGGGUGAAAUGACAACUCCUGAAGAGGAAAUCCCCAUGGACACCCAUCUGACCCCUACUGAAGAGUUCAAAGAAGAUGCGCUUAUCAUCAGGGCGAUAAGACGGCCUGCAGAGGUCACGUCACCGAUUGCAGAAGAGCCUGAAAUGUCGAUAUCGUUCGACCAACAACAAUCCCACACAUCGUCAGAGAAGAUCUCCAGGGAAGGAUCUCGAUCCAGCAAAAAGGAAAUUAGUAAGUGGAUUUGUUCAAGUUUACGUCGUGAAGAGUAG